GACCCGGACCUCCCCGGAGAGUAGGAGGAGGCGCGGAGCCGGCGAGGUCGGCUUGGUUUGCAGCAGCGAGGAGCGCAUCGGCCAUGGCGUAUCCUGGGCAUCCCGGCGCCGGAGGUGGCUACUACCAGGGCCAGUAUGGGAGUGCCCCCGGCGGACCUUCCUUUCCUGGCCAAGCGCAAGAUCCUUUAUAUGGCUAUUUUGCUGCGGUUGCUGGGCAGGACGGUCAAAUAGAUGCCGACGAGCUGCAGAGAUGUCUGACCCAGUCAGGGAUUGCAGGAGCGUAUAAACCUUUCAACCUAGAGACCUGCAGGCUCAUGAUCUCCAUGCUCGACAGAGAUAUGUCUGGCACGAUGGGCUUCAAUGAAUUCAAAGAGCUCUGGGCUGUGCUGAACGGCUGGCGGCAACACUUCAUGAGCGUCGACAGCGAUCGCAGCGGCACGGUCGAUUCCCAGGAGCUGCAGAAGGCGUUGACGUCUAUGGGAUUUCGGCUGAGUCCCCAAGCCAUCAACGGCAUUUCCAAGCGAUACAGCACUCGUGGCAAGAUCACGUUUGAUGACUACAUCGCCUGCUGCGUUAAGCUCAGAGCUCUCACUGAUAGUUUUCGGAGGCGAGACGCAGCUCAGCAGGGGAUGGUGAACUUCCAGUACGAUGAUUUCAUCCAGUGUGUGAUGAGCAUCUAAUUCAAGAUGAAGGAAGAAACGGACAAGCAUGAGCCACAUUCCAAUUUGUUUUUGCUUUGCACCAAAAAAAAAAAAAAAGUUAUCAUGGCUGUGUAACUAAAUAGUGGUAUUUGCCUAUUUUAUAAAUAUUGAUUUAUAUGCUUUUUAUAGUUUUGAUAACUAACAAAACACAAUAAAUCCUGUUUUGGAGUUGAUUUGUCUAGCAUAUUUAUAAUUUUGCUUGAUACGGACUUUUUAAAAAGUUGACUCUGUUUUUCCCCCCCUUUUUCCCAUCUCUUCUUGUACUGUUUUUUAAACUAUUCAUAUUCGAACAUACUCUUUGUACCUGUGCCAUAUAGAGACCGGCCAGAGGAGAGGAAUUGUGUGAAAGCAAAUGCAGAAAGCGUCAGUGGAAGCUGCCUGUGAGUCUUGGAAUAAAGCUAUCAAGGUCUUGCUUCUAAAAAAAGAAUGUUCUGCUUGCCCUUCUGAUAUUUAUCACAUUUUCUAAAUGCAGGAAAUAUUCACUGAUGAUUGGUCCAGCUAAUUGUGCCAAGCUGCAUAUUAUGAAUUAAAGAGUUUUCUGACGUAA